CGGGUCCGCAGCGGAGCUCGGGCGCGGGCCGGGGUCGCCGGUUCGAGCCUUCUGCCCGCGCGGGGCUGGGAGCUGGGGACCGGGCGUCGCGCCGUCCGGGCCGCAGCCCCGCGACCUCCGCUCUGUUUCUACACCCGUGUGGGUUCCUGUCCCGCCGCCGCGUCGCCUCCCCGAGCUCAGGGUGGUGAGGCGCGGAGACUUGUAACUAGUUAAUUAAUUCAACAAACGGACCCUUCUGCGUAUCAGAAACUGCGAGGAGUUGCUAGCCCAGUGGGGCAGGCAGACUGGAAGACCAGGAAAGGCCAGGCCCCGGGCAGUGUGGAACCCGUUUGAGGGUGGGGGUCGUGGUUGGGCUUCUCUGAGCCUAAUCUGGAACCACAGUGGAUUGGAAUUUCUUCUGAAAGGGUGAGACACUGCCCUCUGUGACCAUGAAACUCUGGGUAUCCAUGUUGCUGGUGGCCUGGUUUGGUGUCCUGGGCUGUGUGCAGGCUGAAUUCUUUACUUCUAUUGGGCACAUGACAGACCUGAUUUAUGCAGAGAAGGACCUGGUGCUGUCCCUGAAGGAGUACAUCUUGGUGGAGGAAGCCAAGCUCUCUAAGAUUAAGAGCUGGGCCAACAAAAUGGAAGCCCUGACCAGCAAGUCAGCUGCUGACCCUGAAGGCUACCUGUCCCACCCUGUGAAUGCCUAUAAACUGGUGAAGCGACUAAACACAGACUGGCCUGCGCUGGAGGACCUUGUCCUGCAGAACUCAGCUGCAGGCUUUAUUGCCAACCUGUCAGUGCAGCGACAGUUCUUUCCCACUGAUGAAGAUGAAACAGGAGCCGCCAAGGCCUUGAUGAGACUUCAGGACACAUACAAACUGGACCCAGACACAAUUUCCAAAGGCGAGCUUCCAGGAACCAAGUACCAGGCAGUGCUGAGUGUGGACGACUGCUUUGGGAUGGGCCGCUCGGCCUACAAUGAAGGAGACUAUUACCACACAGUGCUGUGGAUGGAACAGGUGCUGAAGCAGCUCGAUGCAGGGGAGGAGGCCACCACAUCCAAGGCCCAGGUGCUGGACUAUCUGAGCUAUGCCGUCUUCCAGUUGGGUGACCUGCACCGUGCCCUGGUGCUCACCCGCCGACUGCUCUCCCUUGACCCAAGCCAUGAACGAGCUGGAGGGAAUCUGCGCUACUUUGAACGGUUGUUGGAGGAAGAAAGAGAAAAAAUGUUACUGAAUCACACAGAAGCUGAGCUAGCACCCCAGGAAGGCAUAUAUGAGAGGCCUGUGGACUACCUGCCCGAGAGGGAUAUCUACGAGAGCCUCUGUCGUGGGGAGGGUGUCAAACUGACACCCCGAAGGCAGAAGAGGCUUUUCUGUAGGUACCACCAUGGCAACGGGACGCCACAGCUGCUCAUCGCCCCUUUCAAAGAGGAGGAUGAGUGGGACAGUCCACACAUCGUCAGGUACUACGAUGUCAUGUCUGACGAGGAAAUCGAGAGGAUCAAGGAAGUUGCAAAACCCAAACUUGCACGAGCCACUGUUCGUGAUCCCAAGACAGGUGUUCUCACUGUUGCCAGCUACAGAGUUUCCAAAAGCUCCUGGCUGGAGGAGGAUGAUGACCCUGUUGUGGCUCGGGUGAACCUUCGGAUGCAGCACAUCACAGGCCUAACAGUAAAGACUGCAGAAUUGUUGCAGGUUGCUAAUUACGGAAUGGGAGGACAGUACGAGCCACACUUUGACUUCUCUAGGAAGGAUGAGCAAGAUGCUUUCAAGCGUUUAGGGACGGGGAAUCGUGUGGCCACAUUCUUAAACUACAUGAGCGAUGUGGAAGCUGGUGGUGCCACUGUCUUUCCUGAUCUGGGGGCUGCACUUUGGCCUAAGAAGGGUACGGCUGUAUUCUGGUACAACCUCCUGCGGAGCGGGGAAGGUGACUACCGAACGAGACAUGCUGCCUGCCCCGUGCUUGUGGGUUGCAAGUGGGUCUCCAAUAAGUGGUUCCAUGAACGAGGACAGGAGUUCUUGAGGCCAUGUGGAUCAACAGAAGUUGACUGACAUCCUUUUCUGCCCUUCACCUCCCUGGCCCCACAGCCCAUGUUGUCUUCAAGUUCAACGUGACAGACCCCCUCUACUUUCCAGCCUUUGUCAGGCGGGUCUUUGGAGGCGUGAAUGUUGUCUGGAGCAGAGAUGGUCCUGGGGAAGGUCCUGGGUGACUUGGGUGACCUGGGUCCCAGCCUCACCUGUCAAGCUAUCUCUGGCCGCAAGGGUAGGGUUGGAGCAGAGUCAGGUGGUCUAGUACCUAGCAAGGUGCUUUUGUACCUCAGGUGCUUUAGGUGUGAGAUGUUUCAGUGAACCAAAGUUCUGAUACCUUGUUUACAUGCUUGUUUUUAUGGAAUUUCUAUUAAUGUGGCUUUAACCAAAAAAUAAAAUGUCCCUGCCAGAAGCCUUAAA